AUGUCAAAACGAACAGAAAGACAAGAAAUAACAGGUUAUACGUCUUGUAUGUAUCAAAUAAGUUACCAUACCAUGUGUUUGUAUGCAAAAAUGUUAUUAGCAACAAAAUAUGCCUAUCAGACUUAUUCAACUGAAUUAGAAAUUAUUAAAAAUAAAAACAACAGCUGUGUUAGAGAGCACAGAGACUAUGAAUGUCAUAAACAGGGUAUUUGA